UGCUGUGGCAGCAGAUGUUGAUGCUCUAAUGCCAAUUGAUACUAUUUCCCAGUCGGUUACCCAGUCGGUUUCCAAAGGAGGAUAAGAAGAGAAAAUAGCCGAGGCGUAGAACUCAUUCUACCGCUGCAUUGCUUCUGAUUUCUAAACGGAUAGCGGCUUUGGAAAGAUACGGAAACAGAGAAGAGGAGAGGAGAGGGACACAGCAAAGAGGAGAAAAGAGAGCGAGAGAGAGGGAAACAGCGAAGGGAGGAAGAAAGCAGAGCCGAGUGUGUUUACCACACCUGUGAUGCUGCGUUGUUUCUAGCAACCAAGACGCGCUGCGGGGAUACCAAUGUAAUGGCCAAGGUAGUGGACCCGGAGGAUGCGUGCCGCUGCUACUGCUGAGCCAACUGGACUUUGAUGCAGAGAGGCGCUUACUAACGGCGUAAAGAGACGCCCGGAGAAUAAAACAACCGGACACACAAAUCCGGGUUUACUACUACUGCUCAUUUAUCCCUGCUCUUUGUCUUUUGAAAGUUAAACCGGAGAAGUGCGAGCGGCUUAAAGCAGAGAAUGAUGCCGUUACACCUGACUCCCUUUGUCCGCGGGAGAUACAGCACGGCCACGUUGGUGAUGUCCUGCUGGCUGUUCCUCGCUGGAUUUACCUUCAUUGUUGGUACGGAGCACGUUGCCACGGCGACGCUUCCUGCCUCCUUCAACGAUCUGUUACCUCACUUCCUGGUGGAGCCUGACGAUGAGUACAUAGUGAAGAACAAGCCCGUCACCCUGACCUGUCGCUCCACUCCGGCAACACAGAUCUACUUCAAAUGUAACGGGGAGUGGGUCCAUCAGGAUGAUCACCUGAUAGACCGCAACGUGGACCCAGCAACAGGUCUGCCCAUCAUGCAAGUGAAGAUAGAUAUCUCCAGACAGCAGGUUGAGAAGAUCUUUGGUCUGGAUGACUAUUGGUGCCAGUGUGUCGCCUGGAGCACUACGGGAACCCAGAAGAGCCAAAAGGCAUACAUCAGGAUCGCCUACCUGAGGAAGAACUUUGAGGAGGAGCCAAUGGGGAAGGAAGUAGCGUUGAACCAGGAAGUGUUGUUACGCUGUCAUCCUCCAGAGGGCAUACCACCAGCUGAGGUGGAGUGGCAGAGGAACGAGCAUGUGAUCGACCCGGUAAGCGACCCCAAUUUCUUGGUGACUGCGGACCGUAAUCUGAUCAUCAAACAGGCCAGGCUGGCGGACACAGCCAACUACACCUGCGUGGCCAAGAACAUUGUGGCUCGACGCAAGAGCUCCCCCGCCGCUGUUCUGGUCUACGUAGAUGGAGGUUGGAGUGAUUGGUCUAACUGGUCUGAGUGCGGAGUGGACUGUUCCAUGUGGCGCAGUAGAGAGUGUACCCAGCCCUCGCCUGGCACCGGGGGCAAAGACUGCCAGGGCAUCGACCUCCAGUCACUCAACUGUACCAGCCAACAGUGUCUACAGACUGCCGAUGGAGUUGAGGAUGUAGCCCUCUAUGUGGGUAUUGUAGCCGUAGCUGUCUGUCUGACCCUCAUACUCAUCGUUGUGGUCCUGGUCUACCGCCGUAAGAAGGAGGGUCUGGACGCUGACGUAGCGGACUCCUCCAUCCUGACCACGGGCUUCCAGCCUAUGGGCAUCAAGCCUAGCAAGCCAGAGAACUCUCAUCUACUUACCAUCCAGCCUGACCUAACCACCACCACUACCAGCUACCAAGGAACCCUGCACUCACGUCACGACGGCACCAAACACACUGGCACCGCUAAGUUCUCAAUGACCAACGGUCCGCUCCUGGACCCUUUACCCAACGGGUCGCACCACACCUUACACAACGGGAAGUUAUCCUCUGACCCUGCUGAGUUUAUGACCCGGCUGUCCAAUCAGACGUACUUCAAGACGUUACCGCGGGACGUGGCUAACACAUCGUAUGGGACAUUCAACUUCCUGGGGGGUCGACUCACCAUCCCCAACACAGGCAUCAGCCUGCUGAUCCCUCCAGAGGCCAUCCCCAGGGGAAAGAUCUAUGAGAUAUAUCUCACCGCUCAGAGGAAAGAAGAUUUAAGGUUACCCCUGGCGGGCUGCCAGACCCUGCUGAGUCCCAUAGUGAGCUGUGGUCCUCCGGGGGUGGUUCUGACGCGGCCCACAAUUCUCAGCAUGGACCAUUGUUCUGACGCCUGUCCUGAGAACUGGGCCAUCAGGCUGAAGAAACAGAACUACGAAGGCGUCUGGGAGGACGUGUUAACGAUGGGGGAGGAGUUGAUCUCAGAGCCGUAUUACUGUCAGUUGGAAGCAGAGACGUGCAGAGUGUUCUCAGAGCAGUUGGGUCGUUUCUCUCUGGUGGGAGAAUCUCUAAACAUGGCCGCGGCUAAGCGUCUCCGCCUGGUGCUCUUCUCUGACUCAUACUGCUCUACCCUGGAGUAUAACAUCAGAGUCUACUGCAUGGAUGAUACACAAGAUGUCUUCAAGGAGGUGAUGCAGAUGGAGAGACAGCUAGGUGGUCGUCUGAUUGAUGAGCCCCACGUCCUGCUGUUUAAAGACAGCUACCACAACCUGCGCCUCUCCAUCCACGACAUGCCCCAGGCACACUGGAGGAGCAAACUACUGGCUGGGUACCAGGAGAUCCCAUUUUACCACAUCUGGAACGGUUCCCAGCGGUUCCUCCACUGUACCUUCACCCUGGAGCGGCUCAACCUCAGUACCUGUGAGCUCACCUGUCAGCUGUGUGUCUGGCAGGUAGAGGGGGAGGGACAGAGCUUCAGCCUCGACUUCAACAUCGCCAAGGACAGUCGGCCACUGGACCCGGAGUUCCUGCUGAUGGACAAUAACCCUAAUGGCACGGCUCUAGCAGGACCCAGUGCUUUCCAGAUCCCCUAUCUCAUCAGGCAGAAGAUCUGCAGCAGCCUGGAUAUACCUUGUCCCAACGGGGCCGAUUGGAGACUGUUGGCCCAGAGACUCAAACUGGACAGGCACAUGAGUUUCUUUGCGUCCAAGGCGAGUCCCACCAGUGUGAUUCUGGAUCUGUGGGAGGCCCAACACUUCCACAGUGGAAACCUGAACCAGCUGGCCACCGUCAUGGCCGACAUCGGCAAACAGGAAGCUAUGAUUUUCCUGGUCUCAGACGGAGAGUGCUAGCCCUAGCUCUGUCCCACACUGUCCCAACACUGCACCCUAUUCCCUAGAUAGUGCACCAAAGUAGGGGACUACCUAGGUAAUAGGGUGCCAUUUGAGAUCGGCCCACCUAAAAAGGUAGAGGACUGGAACAGGGUAAAAUAUACAGACACAUGAGAGGAGAGGAGAACACUCUCCCUUUCGCCCCUCCUUUACAAGAGAGAAGAGAAGAACAGAGCACUCCCCUUUUCAAGAGAGAAGAGAAGAACAGAGCA